AGGUGUUAACACCGUGAAAAACACUGCAAACGAUAAUGUAACACGCUAAAGAACGAGGCUGCAUUUCCUUUGAAAUGUACAAUGCAGUGCAACGCAUUCGCAAUAUAGCUGGAGGUUUAGUUUUUUUCCCGGCACUCCGUGAACACACUACAAUGCGCGUCAAACAUGAUGAGCUGUGAUAUACACACCACAGGACAGUUUCUCACUUAUUAUUUGCAACGAGGCCCCGCAGUUAUGUCUGAGUUCUCCCCGUGCGUUUGGGAGCUGGAGUCCCACUUUGAAAAGCAUAGAUUAUCCUGGCAUGAGCCGAGGUGGAAUACCAGACGCGAUUUUCUUUGAUAGAUCUUUGAGAAAUCAAGACGAUAAAUAUGUGCAUGCUGCCCCAUGAAAAAUGCAGGCGCACGGGGGGUAAAUAAAGAUGACGGAUCUGCGGGGUCGGAGCGGGGAAGCUGAAUAUCUCCUCAGCGCUAACCCCAGCCGCGCCCCCCUAGUCAACUUACGGUCGCUAUUUCGGCUGAGUAAUGGCCGACUGGUUUACCGGAUACGCGCCCUCUGGGUGAAAGUCAGUCCCGUGGGGAUGGCAGGAGCCCAGAUUUCCCCCGCAGCCGCCAUUUCAAGACAAACUUCCCGCGGUCGGUGGCUGGCGCACAGGUCACUGGCAGGACUCAAAGCCUUCAGCGAGCUGGAAGAGCUGAUUGUGGACAACAACCUCCUCGGAAAUGACCUCUGGUUGCCCAGGUUACCUCACCUCCAUACGCUGACACUCAAUAAGAACCAAAUAUCUGAUAUCGAGUCGCUACUGGAGCACUUAGCAGCGGCGACACCGUCCCUGGAGUACCUCAGUCUCCUAGGCAACGAGGCCUGCCCCAACCAGCUGGUCAGCCUGGACAAGGACGAGGACGACUACCAGCGCUACAGGUACUUUGUGCUGCACAAGCUGAGGGGCCUGAAGUUCCUGGACACACGGAAAGUGACGGAGCGGGAGAGGAUGGAGGCGGAGACGCGCGGCGCGUUCAUGAAGGUGGUGAAGCCUAAAUCAGAGGAGGACCCCGGCCCCAGGUCCGACUCGGCUGCCAUGCCCUACACCCCGUUACCACGCGGAUCCAAAGAUGCUAAAAAUCAUAAAGGGGUUUUUGCCAAAUGCCGAUAUGUGUACUAUGGGAAACACUCGGAGGGAAACAGAUUCAUUCGCAAUGACCAGCUCUGACACCCGACCAGAUACCACCUGACCACGUGCACGCCUGCCCACAUCUGCGCACACCUGCUCACACCUGCGCACAUGCCCCUGGCGGCCAGCUGAAUGCAGUGUUCUGGUGCUGUCUUUGCCAUCCUUGUCAGGCCUGUCCUUCCCUCACACAGAGAUUGACACAAUUGGUUUUAACCCCCACACCCCCGCCCUCUUCCAAAGUGACAGACAGCUGCAGCCCAGCGUCUGGGAUGAGGUCCAUGAUUGAGUGCCACCCCCCCAACUGCUAUCUAGAAAGUGCAAAGGUCACAGCCAAGGCUGUAGCAGGCCUGUGUAGUUUUUUCGCGCUCCGCUCCUCUCAAGGGCACAGAAAAACCAGGGGGAAAAAAACUACAAGAAUACGGCACUCUGGGAUUGUGCCCUGCUUCCUGAAUUCAGCCUCGUUCCUGUAAGCCCCAAGCUUCUCUCUGAAGUGCUGCACGUUUCAAAGAAAUACAUUCUAUGAAAGGUCUGUUUCUCAGGUUUGGAAAUCAGUUAUGUGUAUAAAAAUGACAAUGAUGACUUUUAGAAACAGAAUGAGAUGCCACUUUAUGAGAAAUGUAACAAAUGCAAAAGAACAAUUGAAUGAUCCUGCUUUUGAUAUUCUGAUCAUUUUUUAAAUUGAAGUACAAAACUGUUCAAACUGCCUUCAUAAGGAGUGAAAGAUCAUUGUUAAUGUGACUGGAAUUUUGUCCACUCGUUAAAUGCUGUACCUGGCCUGAUAUUUGGUUUCUCAACAGAAAAGUAACUAAUAGUUGUAAUAGUAAUGUUUUUAACUCCUGUUCUUUAUUUUAACAAUGUUUGGCUUAACUGUAUCUGCGCAUUCUUCCAGUCUUAAAAAAUAAAAAAUGUUUGCAAUGUUAGAAACUGGUUUAAUGCAAUUACUGCUGUAAUUUUUGUUAUCUUUGAUUAUGUAAAAAUGUGUUUGUUUAAUUUCUUUAAUUGUUGUAUUUUUUAAUUACCAUGUCAUUUACCCGCAGAGUUGUUUUUUUUACAGAUGUAUAGUUGCAUAGAGUGAUCCGGUCCUUAAUUCUGUAUCUGAUGCUCUGGGACUCAGAGUCAGAGGCCCUGCCUUCAAGCAGAGAGACAGUUAGUGAAACUGCAGGUUUUCCAGUUAUUACUGAUUAAUCACGUCAGUUUCUAGGCUGUAAGCUGUCUUUCAUGUAUUAUUGUAAUGAUUUAACUGUUUAAAUGGAUUAAUAAAAUGUUCUUUGCUACCAA